AUGGCUGCCACUCUAGAUUACGAUUCCCUAAGUAACGAAUUUGCUAAAGUUAAAGUUAGAAGGGCUAAAAAAGUCAUUGCAGAUGAAUUAACAAAAAUCAUUCAGAAACAAUAUGGUAAUAGUACAGUGGCAAACAAUACAAUUGAUGCUAUUCAGCAUGACCUUCAAUGUUGUGGAGCUAACAAGCCAGAAGACUGGGCUGAAUCUAAUUUCAACAAAUGGAGAACUGAUGUUUCACUGAUUGAUAAAUUAUCAAAAAAAUUAGGGACAUAUGAAGUACCAGAAUCUUGUUGCAAGAAUCCAGAAACAUGUGUGAAAAUGCCACUAAAUGGAGUUUUAGGAGAUUCAGUUUACUCAAAGGGUUGUAUUGAUGCUAUGGAAGAUUUUAUAAAAAAUAACUUGAAGAUUGUUGUUGGCAUUGGAAUUGGUUUGGGAUCAAUACAAAUUCUUGGAUUGAUUUUCUCCAUUGUUCUCUGCUGCGCCAUAAAAAAUGGUGAAGGUAUGAGUUAUCAUGUCUAAGAAAAAUUUUAACAGAAGGUGUUGCUGUUUGGAUUUAUUAAAAGCACGUCCAUAAAUAAAGCAAUUUCCUGACAAGCCUAAGAUUGUAACACUCAUCUGGAUAAAAAUUAUACUAGAAAAAAAAAUUGUUUAUAUUGAAUUAUUUAGAAUUGGUUUUUGAUGAUAAGUAUUUUCAUAUAUUUAAAAUUUUCUAAUAUACAUGUAUAAAGUGAUAUCAAAUAAGUCAAUUUGUUAUUCAUAACUUCAUUUUUUCUGCAUUGUAUAUGUAUAUUACUCUGAAACAUUAGUAUUAUUUAUAUUAUCUUUUUUACUUGUCUUCCACUACUCUCUUAAUGAAAAUUUUAUAAUUUGAUAUUAAAUUUUGCAAAUCUGGUGCAGUGGUCAAGUACUUACUUUCAUGUUUUUCUUUGAUUUUAUUUAGCAAUAUUUUAUAAAUUUAUUGUUAACUAAUGUUUGAAUUUAUUUAAAUCUCAAAAAUUCAGAGGUUUGUAACAAAAUAUGAAUGUUUCUGUAUAUGCAUUCCAAAUGUUUUUUUUUCCCACUUGAUAACUUUUGUUCAUUCUUCAAAUAUAUAUUUAAUUAAAACUAAUAUGACUGACCACAAAAUUACACAAGUUUAUUGAAUGCAGUUGUUUAUACAAUGAUCAUUAAUAUUUAGUAAAUUUUUUGUACAUUAUAAACUUGUAACUUACCUUGUUAAUCAGACAAUAUUAACUAUAAAAAAAAAUAUAUAUAUAUAUAUAUAUUAUAUAUGAUAAAAGAAAUUGGCCAUAUAAACAACCCAUUUUGCAGUUGGGUAUAUAAUUGUACAAAUGUACAUGCAGUUGUUUUGUGAACUUGUUGCUACUGAAAUGUUGUCAUUAAUCUGAACAUAACUAAAUAGUACAAGAAAUAUUUGAAUAUUCUACUUUGAAAAUAACUGUAAAACUUUUAUAUAAAUCUUAAAAUUUUUCUACUGACUUUGUUGUUUCUUUUUCAGAUUUUGUAACAGAUUUGUCAAAUAGACAUUUAAUUUUAAUCUUUAUGCAUAAUCAGAUUGAAGAAAAGUGAUUUUUCUUCAUUAUAUGAAAAUUUAUCUUUACUGUUGAGUAAUAAAAAUGUGUCUUUAA